AUGAUGCAAAUCUGCGAAAAACAUGGUUCCUGUACAAUGAAAUUGAAUUCUACUACUGAAAUGAUGCCAUGCUCGUUUCAACAUUUCACAGAAGUGCAUCCAUUCGCACCACGCGAGCAGGCUGCAGGAUACCACUUCAUGUUCAAAGAGCUUGAGAAAGACUUGUGCGCCAUCACGGGAUACGAUAGAGUUUCUUUUCAGCCAAAUAGCGGUGCCCAAGGUGAAUAUGCUGGCUUAAGAGCAAUCAAAGGUUAUCAUGAAUCCUUAGGUGAGGGGCACAGACACAUAUGUUUGAUACCCGUUUCCGCCCACGGUACUAACCCCGCCUCGGCUCAAAUGGCUGGCAUGAAGGUGGAACCUAUUAAAGUCACGUCGGAUGGGCUAGUCGACUUAGAUUAUUUGAAGCAACAGCUAGAAAAACACAGCAAGAAUAUAUCUUGCCUUAUGAUUACAUAUCCAUCAACAUAUGGAGUUUUUGAGGAGACAAUUGGCGAAGUUUGCCGUUUGGUGCACUUGCACGGUGGACAGGUUUACCUGGAUGGCGCGAAUAUGAAUGCACAAGUUGGAUUAUGCAGGCCCGGAGAUUAUGGCUCAGAUGUUUCUCAUUUGAAUUUACAUAAAACGUUUUGUAUUCCCCAUGGAGGAGGCGGCCCGGGUAUGGGACCCAUUGGCGUCAAAAAGCAUUUAGAACCAUUUUUACCUAGUCAUCCUGUAAUAGACCCAUUGGCAGAUUGGGAAAAAGCUAGUUCAUUUGGUGUUGUAAGUGCUGCUCCAUAUGGAUCUUCUUCCAUACUUCCGAUCAGUUGGGCUUAUAUAAAGAUGAUGGGAGCAGAUGGACUUCGUAAGGCGACGCAAGUUGCAAUACUUAACGAAUAUAUGAGCAAAAAGCUCGAACCAUAUUAUAAAACUUUAUUUAAAGGUGAUAAAAGCAACCUUUGCGCACAUGAAUUCAUAUUAGAUGUGAGGGAUAUUAAGAAAACUGCGAAUGUUGAAGCAGUCGAUAUUGCAAAACGUCUGAUGGACUACGGAUUUCACGCACCUACCAUGUCUUUCCCUGUGACCGGAACUUUGAUGGUUGAACCCACAGAGUCGGAAGACAAGGAAGAACUCGAUAGAUUUUGCGAAGCACUCAUAUUAAUUCGUAAAGAAAUAGCAUUAAUUGAGGAAGGAAAAUUAGAUAGACAAAACAACCCAUUAAAAUUAUCUCCACACACACAACGACAGGUUACAAUGGAAAAUUGGACAAGAAAAUAUUCAAGAGAAAUGGCAGCUUUUCCAGCGCCGUUUGUUAAUCCGGAAACUAAAAUUUGGCCAACUGUUGCCAGGAUAGAUGAUAUCUAUGGAGACAAAAACUUAGUAUGCACGUGCCCACCAAUGUCAUCCUACACAUAAAUUAUUAAUAUUCAAACUAGAAAAUUGCCACAAAUUGAACAUAAUAAUACUAAAAUAAUGCAUACUUCAACAUAAAUCAUAAAAUGCUAAUAGUAACAAAUGAUAAAAUUUGGACCUACCACCAUUAUUUGUUGUGGAACUAAUUGAAAUUUAUUAAGCAUGCUUCAAUCUCUCGUAGGUUUUUGAUAUGCGAUAAUUACUUAUUUAUUUUUAUAAUAAAAACAAAUG